AUGGCGAAACAAGGCGCAAGCCAGAGCCCAGCGAGCGAGAGAAGAAGCCACUCACAAUACAAAGGUGCUCGAAAGCGAAAAUGGGGGAAAUGGGUGUCGGAGAUCAGACUACCCAACAGUCGUGAAAGGAUUUGGUUGGGAUCUUACGACACUCCCGAGAAAGCAGCACGUGCUUUCGACGCCGCUCUUUUCUGCUUACGCGGCCGUUCUGCUAAGCUCAACUUCCCUGAUAACCCACCGGAAAUAGCCGAUGGCAGGUCUUUGACCCCCUCCGAAAUCCAAGCCGUCGCCGCACGAUUCGCCAACUCGGACCCUCCGAGGACCCAAAAGGAACCCCCUUCGCCGUCCGUACGGUUGGAGAGUGAGUUCGCUGUGGAGGGAUCGUUUCUGGAUGUUUUGACAAAGGGUUCGGGUUACGGGAUAUUCCCAGAAUGGGAUGAGUUUUCAGGUGAGUUUCUGGGAUCAACGAUUCCCGACAUGGACUGCGAAGAGGAUACUGUUGAUGGGGUUUUGGACCCUGAAUCUUUUCUAUGGAAUUUCUAA